GCGGCUGGUUCAAAAUAAAACAAGUUGAGCGCAAACUUGUGCGCGAAAUUGAUACAAGUCCCGGCUCGUGUUACUGUUUUAAACUAUUAUUUAGCACAUAACAGGAUGUAUAAAACAAUACCAACGUAAUAUUGAUGUUAAAAUGGCCUUGGUUAUAUUUGUCUCAUUUGUGAGACGAUCUACCAUUGCAUGCGUUUGUUAGUUUUUAUUUGAGAAUCCCUAAUCAUAAUUGCCGCAAACUGGGACCGGGUGAGGUAAGGGCAUAUCUGAUCUGAUCUGAUUAAUUUUAGUGUUAGCUGGCAUCUGCUUUCUCCGACUUAUUGCUACGUGUGAAGAUUGAAGUUUCAUUUAUCUCAUUGUUGAGACAUGUCCCAGCCUCAAGGGAAAAAGAAAGGCUUCAUCGCACCAUUUCAGUCCGCGGUGCCUUCUCAAGAUGACGAACAGAGGGAACCGGAUUCGGCUCCCGUUCUUCCUGAGGAGAGAGCUGCAGCGGUCGUCUCACCUGCCACUGCAAGUAAGAAGACUAAAAAGAAAAAGCGUCAAAUAACGUCAAAUGAAGACAGAGACGUUGCAACACACGUCUCCCGGAAACCCACCGAGGAAGAGAUCGAAAACAACAACUGCCCUGACCUCGCAGAACGGACGGAACUACCCUCGGCAGGCCUGCUGUUCAACACCAACGAGGAACCGAAGCUGGCGAAAAAGGCGAAGCUUUGUCCGCCGCCGGCUGCUGGUGACGGUGCCGGGUCGGAGGACGAGGACGGCGUCGCUGCCGGCUCGGCGGCGUCCGGCGGCGCAGACGGCUCGGACGGUGACGAGGCGUGCGCGCCGGCCGCCGAGCCGGCGCUGCCCGUCGGCUCAGCGCUCACGGCCAGCGCUCCGGCCGAGCAGACUCCUCCGGACGCGACGGUCACCUCGCUCCGCUCGCCGCCGGCCGUGUUCAAACGGCCGAACCCGGGCACCACGGCGCUCACUUCGGACCCGGAGACGGGCCCGCCGCCGGUCAAGCGGCGCCUCUACACCGGCAAACGCCGCCACGAGCGAGGAUCCAGCUCUGCGGGCGCCGACCGCUCGCGCACAAAGGCCGCUGCCACCCGCCAGGACCAGAAGGCCCGGCUGCUGGCUCUGCAGGCUCGUCGCACGUGCGGUACGUGGGUGCAAUGCUCGCACAUCGACUGCGGCAAGUGGCGCUACUUGGCUGGCGUGCAGGACCCGUGUCAGCUGCCGCAGGUCUGGCACUGCACCAUGAACAGCGAUAGCCAGUACGGCUGGUGCUCGGCGCCGCAGGAGCACAUCCCCAACUCGGCGUUCCCUCGCCUGGUGGCCGUCCGCUACACGGUCGGCUCGGUGGUCUGGGCGCGCCUGGCCGGGUUCCCCUGGUGGCCGGCCAUCGUCGACGAUGACCCCGACACGGAGGACUUUUUCUGGCUGGAUGGAUUCUCAGAGACGCCGACCCACUACCACGUGGCGUUCCUGGACGCGGCCUCCCAGCCGGUGACCCGAGCCUGGGUCACCCCCAGUCAGGUGAAGAAGUUCGAGACGGGCGACCAGCCCACCACGCGAGGAAAGACCCGGUGUCGCGGUAUCGAGUACCGCGCCCGGCUGGAGGCGGCCGCUGAACAGGCGCGCGAGGCGCUCGGCUGCUCGCUGGCCGAGCGGCGGCGUCGGUUUACGUUCGUGGCCCGCUACCCGGGCCCGUGGCCCAUCUACUCGGAUAGCGACGCCGAGACCGGCCACCUGCCCGACGGGAGGCCGGCCGCGCGCAAGAAGCGUCGAGACCGGCGCCGUGCCAAGCCCACCUCUCGCGGAGCACAGGCGGACCGGGCGGCCGGCGGUGCCGCGCGGCCCGUCCGCCGGCCCCGCAGCCGCAGCAGCAGCUCCGGCAGCAGCGCCGGACGCGACGACGAGACGGUCAACUCGCUGAUGGACGUGGUGGACGACAUUGUGCAGCAGCUCACCCAGUCGCAGUCCCAGUCCCAGUCUCAGUCGCAGUCUCAGUCACAGUCUCAGUCACAGGCGCGCCGCGGGCAUGGUGGCGCCGACGCCUCGCCAAUGUUCACCGAUAGCGGGGCGUCGGACGUGGAGCAGGCGGUAUCGCCCGAGCCCGAGCGGCCGCCGGGGCAGCCCAGAACCGCCACCGCCCCCGCCCCCGCUCGAGUCGAGGCCGCCCCAGCCCCAGUCGAUACUGCGGCGGCAACUAAGACCAAGAAACCGGCCAGCAAGAAGGAAAAGUCCCAGCCACUGGAUGAGGUGGGAAACGGAACGAGCAAGCCGAAGAAGUCCAAGAAGUCUGCAGGAGUGGAUGCCCAGGCGAGCGAAGAAACCAAAACUCCUAAACCUAAGAAGCAGAAGAAAUCGGCCGUUCCUGGAGGGCCCGAAACCCCAAAACCUACUGAGACACCCAAAGCGAAGAAGGCAAAAAAGACAGCACUGUCAGACGACAUGGAUGACUUUAAAGAGAACGUUCCACCGGGGGAGAAAUCGAACAUGACAGAAGUGGGUAAUGAUGCGACAGAUGUGCCAAAGGCUGCCAAGACCCCGAAGAAGAAGCCCAAGAAGACGCCCGCAGAAGGCAACCCUGACGCCCCAGAGACGAGCGUGACGCCGAAGCCGAAAUCCAAGAAGAAGCCUGUCGGCGAAGGUGAAACGACCACACCAAAGCAGCCUGCGAAGCCCAAGAAACCGAAGACACCUGCCACUGAAAACAAGACCGAGAAAACAAAGCCGGCGUUCUCAGUAAAGAAGGCGAAGAAAACGCCAGCUUUGGGAAGCGAGUCUGUUUCCCAAUCUCAGGGAACCGCACCCACGGAAUCCAACACAGCGGUGUCCACCGAAAACGUUUCCGAGAAACCAAAAACAAACGCUAAACCCAAAACACCAAAGAAGACACCAGCGGUUCAGGGCACUUCCCAGAGUCUGAAGCCGUCGUUCGCCCCCAAGAAGAAAACGAAGAAGAAUGUCGUUCCGUUGAAUCCCGCUAGUACCGAGAUACCGCCGUCUGCUACGAAUGGUGUAUCUCAGCCUGCUAAUGUUACUACCAGGUCUGACGAGGACGCCCUCCGUGAGGAUCAAAGCGGACAGCAGGCGUCGGAGACCCAGCACACGGACGGUGGAGGUGCAGGUGACGGGCCACCAGCAGACUCCGGACUUGAUGUCCCGGACAAGCCCGAGGACGGUGAUGCGGCAGAGGAUCCUCCAUCCCCAGCUUUAGCCGAGAAUGCCGAUAUCGAGCCGCCCAGCCCCGCGGCGGACGAGUCGCUGGUGACUCAGCAGGAGUCGGAGGCCGACUCUGACUCUGAGUCGGCCCGGCCAGCGGCGGGAGGCGCCCGCUCUCCGUGGCUGCGCUCUCCGGCCGGCGCGCCGCUGCUGACCGACACUGCCGGCCGUUCGCCGUCCCCGGGCGCCGCCGGGCCGUCCAGUCCGCUGUGUGCGCCUACCACACCGGCCUCCCCGCGGCUCUACACCGAGCUGCAGAGCGACCUGACCGACAGCACGGCCGUCAGCGGCGCACAGCCCUCCCAGGAGCUGUUCGGGCCGGCCGGCGGCGCGCCCUCCGACGGAGACGACUCGGACCCGUUCGAGGCGGAUGACUGAAGUCAGUAGCUGGAGACGCAGGCUGGUGAUGCCCGGUGUAGAGCGGCGAGUGAGAUGGGUGCAGGUCUAGAAGUCCGGCGCUGGAAGUGGGAUGGAUGCCUGGAUCGAUUUUGUAAGGAUAAGAAUGCUGAUUGGGUAAAACCCGGCGCUCGCUACCAGACGCCGUUAGGUUGGGCAAAACCGUCCACGUGGCUGUAAUUCAUCUCAUGUGAUGUGAUAGAUUAGUAAGUUUGUUCAAGUGUUGUUCCGCUAUUUAUGUCGCGUCACUGCGCUAUCAAUUGUCAUCCUGUUAUGUAUUGACUCAUCCUGUUCAGUUACGUGACAUGUAAUUGUGCUCCAUGACCGCAAUGUGUGAAGUGAUGUUCCGAGUCCGUUGUCGCUGGUCCCGAGCCGCUAGGUCUGCGACUCGGCGGCGAAUAUGUUUUCAGUUACGUUACGUAAAAAGUCCGUUAAAAAUACAUUAUGAAAUUAA